AUGGACAGUGGAUCUGCAACAGCCGACACCCGCACCCUUACAGGUGUACCAUCAAAGACGGGAUCACUUAAGACGGGCAUUACCUCGACACCAGAGCUCGACCAAGUCGAGCAUGUUGACGCCGAGAAGGCACCGUCCGCCGCCGAGGCUACCCCAAACGCUGUUCCCGAUGGCGUGCUCGAGGGCGUGCGCCUCAUGCUCGUCUUCCUAGCCAUGAUGCUCUCGGUCUUCAUGUUUGCUCUAGACCAGUCCAUUGUGUCUACCGCCAUUCCCGUCAUUGUCUCGCAGUACAACAGGUUCGAUGCCGUUGCAUGGAUCGUCACCGCCUACUUCCUCACGCAGUGCGGCCUUAUCCUCCUUGUAGGCCAGCUUCUCACCGUCAUCAAGGCCAAGUGGAUUCUCCUCGGCGCCAUUUUUUUCUUCGAGCUCGGCUCUCUUCUGUGCGCUGUGGCCAACAGCAUGGACAUGCUCAUCGCCUCGCGGGCGAUCCAGGGUAUCGGUGCCUCAGGCAUGUUUGUCUCCAUUAUCGCCAUUAUCGCUGUCGUGACCCGUGUCGAAAAGCGCGCCGCCUUCAUGGCCGGCUUUGGCUUUGUGUUUGUUAUCGCUUCCGUUAUCGGGCCACUCCUUGGUGGUGUUUUCACUGAGCAGCUGUCUUGGCGCUGGUGCUUCUGGAUCAACCUCCCCAUCGGUGGCCUCGCCGCUGUCGCCGUCGUCUUCCUCCUUCCGGCACACGACCCGGUACGCCGCGAGAACUCGCCCAAGAACCUCCGCGAGGCCCUACGCCGGAUGGAUUGGCUGGGCUCCGCCCUGGCCAUGUUGUUCGUCACCUGCCUUCUCCUUGCGCUGCAGUGGGGUGGCAACGAGUAUGCGUGGUCCAACUGGCGCAUUCCCCUCCUUUUCACUCUCGGCGGCCUGCUCUGCAUCGCCUUCUUCGCAUGGGAGUGGUACUUCAACGAGGACGCGCUCAUUCCUCGCGAUCUAAUGACCAACCGCACCGUCGUUAACGCGUCUGGCGCCAUCUUCAUGUUGAUGAUGGUGAUGCUGGGUGGAACAUAUCAGCUCCCUCUGUUCUACCAAGCGACGCGCAACCACUCGGCUCAGAAGUCAGGCAUCGACAUUAUCCCCUUCAUGAUCAUGACCUGCAUCGGCAUCUUUGUCUCGGGCGGCGCUGUCACCAAGUGGGGUCGAUACUACCCCUUCUUCAUCAUCGGCCCUCCCAUCGCAGCAGCUGGCGUUGGCAUGCUGUACGUGAUCGAUGCCAAGACGACCAGCGCUUUUAUCAUCGGUGCCCAGAUUCUCGGCGGCUUUGGCAUCGGCCUCACUUUCCAGAACCUCAUCAUGUCCACGCAGGCCGAGUACGCACCACGCCCCGAGCUCAUCCCGCAGGCGACGGGUGUCGUCUCCUUCUUCCAGCUCACCGGUGCAGCCCUUGGCAUUGGCAUCGUCAACACUGUACAGUCCGUCUAUCUCAACCGCUACAUCCCGCAGUUUGCGCCCACGGCGCCAUUUGAGAUCGUCCGCCGCUCCACCCAAGCCAUGUGGCAGAUUGAUCUCCCAACCGAGGUGCGCGACCAGGUCGUGCACGCGUACACAGCGGCCAUCUCGAAGAGCUACAUCCCAAUUCUCGUCGGUCUCGUUCUGACUCUUGUGUUCGGCGCUCUCAUCCGCAACCACAACAUGCUCAAGCUCGGUGGCGCGGCCAACAUGCACAUGGCGUAA